CGACCCAAACAACAGUCGUGAAAUUCCUAUUCGGCGAAAACGUUUUUAGUUUAUUUUAUUUAAUUUGAAGGAAUAUAAACCAGCGCCAAAAUGGGAUCCGAGGUGGAGCUGCUGUUUCGCAAUUUUCGGCGCUUAAAGAUCGACAUGUUCGACGACGAGAAGGUGUCCACCACCACGUCCCGCGAGCAGCAAAAGACUGAAGGAUCGGUGGAGAAAUGCUUUGACCGCUUUGAGCAGCUACUCUACACUCACCCGCGCCUUACCCAGAUCUUCCGGUUGGAGCACCAGUACUACCUAGACUUAAUGCUUAGAGGACUUCCCUCCAACUAUGAGUGCCUGGAUAGCAGUCGCCCGUGGUGUGUUUACUGGAUCCUCCAGGCGGCACAGCUUCUUAGCUUCACCUUCGAUGAUCAGACACUAGACCAGGUGGUGCAGUUUCUUGGCAAAUGCCGCUCGCCAACCGGAGGUUUUGGUGGAGGUCCAGGACAGUAUGCCCACCUGGCGCCAACAUAUGCAGCUGUAAACAGCCUCUGUAUAAUUGGAACAGAAAAAGCGUACCGAACCAUUGAUCGCCCUACUUUGGUGCAGUUUCUAUUCAGUGUCCGCGAAUCAGAUGGCUCAUUUCGACUUCAUGUGGACGGAGAGACAGAUGUUCGUGGCGCCUAUUGCGCUAUCUCCUGCGCUAAGCUAGUUAAUCUUCCCGAGCCGGUGAUAAAAGAGUUGUUUGCCGGCACCGGUGACUGGAUAGCUCAGUGUCAGACUUACGAAGGCGGAUUUGGUGGAGCCCCUGAUCUGGAGGCUCACGGUGGCUACACUUUUUGCGGAAUUGCUGGCUUGGCGCUGCUCAACGAAGCAGAGAAGUGCGAUAGACAGGCCCUGCUCAAGUGGACUUUGCGCCGGCAGAUGUGUUUUGAAGGAGGCUUCCAGGGAAGGACUAAUAAACUGGUCGAUGGCUGCUAUUCCUUUUGGGUUGGCGCCACAAUUCCCAUUACACAGGCCACGCUGUCGGGCGUUGACAAGCAGAUGGAGCACACUCUGUUUGAUGUAGAGGCCCUACAGGAGUACAUCCUGCUCUGCUGUCAGAAGCAGAGCGGUGGGCUUAUCGAUAAGCCCGGAAAACCGCAAGAUCUCUACCACACAUGCUAUACCCUCAGUGGUGUUUCCAUUGCCCAGCACUCGGAGUGCGCCAAUAGCCCGCAGGUCCUUGGCGACACCAUUAACGAACUACUGCCCACCCACCCUCUGUUCAACGUCCCACCGAAAUCCGUUGCAGCUGCCAGGAGCCACUUUAGCAAUUCCAAUGACACUGAGUUCUCAGGAACUGAGAGUUCUAGUAAAAAGGAAGGAUAAGGGAUUAGGAUAGAUUCGAGGGAGGUUUUUACUAAAUGGUGGUUUACAUUUAAAAAACUAAAUUUGCUUUAAUAAAAUUAUCUUUGAAAUA